AUGCCUAGUACAUCUCAAUCGCAACGCAUUUUUGCCCUUGCACUGUCAACAAAUGGUGUUAGCACCUGCGAAAUUGCCGAUAUGCCAGGCAUACAUGUCAGAACUGUAUGGUUUAUUAUUCAGCGUGCAAUUGAACGUGGUUAUAAUCUACAGCAAUGUCCUAUUCAAAUCGAGGAUCGUUUUGUCGCAGAUGCUCCACGUAAUGGCCGUCCUCGUAAAUCUACAGAGGCCACGCAGGAAUGA